AUGGGAUGGUCGAUCGAGAUGCAAAAGUGUAUUCAAGCGAACGAUGGUGCUGAAAGACUCCGGCGUUUGCUCUCCGAGAUGCGACGCAAGCUUUCGAAAGAGGAAUUCGUCAGGGAGAUCAACAUGAGGAAUCUCAAACUUGGCUGGACUCCCCUCAACGUUGCUUGCGCAUGUGGUGAUGUUGACUGUGUGCGAUUGCUUCUAGAGGAGGGAGCGGAUCCCCAUUUGCCUAUAGCAAACAAGUACGCCGGGGAGUCACCAAUGAGAGCUUGCGUACUGGCUGCUGGAAUUGUCGAGGAUCCAUCGGUGGAAACCUACGUGGACUGCAUGAGCGCCCUCAUGAAGUCAACCCAGUUUGCUUCGAAGAGGUUUAUGGAACAGGAUCAUGAUCUCGUGCGUUGUAUCGUUAGCAAUGGAGUCGACAACAAAAAGGAUCGCCUCAAGCCAAUGCUGGAUUUGUUACUUUUAAGCGGAUUUCCGAUCCAAGUCAACGGUGUUCCGGACUUGUUUUUGGCGCUUGAGAAUGGACACUUCAAGUGUGCCUUGUCAUUGAUAGGAGCUGGCGCAAGCAUCUUCGCAUCCGCUCCAGGCAAGCCAACAGCUCCUAAACAGCGCUUGAAGUAUAAGACUUGCUUGGAAGAAAGCUUGAGAAAAUUCGGAGAAAACAAGACGUCUAUAUUGCAGAAAGAGUAUCUUUCUACUCGGUGUUUCAUCGGUCCAACCCGACUACAGCGUUGGUUGCAAGGAGGAAAGGCGGACAGGCUGCGCUUGGCAAAGCGACACAUCAAGGCAUCGAAACAGUUGUUAGCCGUCGGUGCCUUCUCUGAGGCAUGUUCGGCGUUGUGGAAUGCCUACAGCUUUGGCCGAGAGAUCCUAACUCGAAAAGAAAUCUUUUUGGUUUUAUACGACUUGGUUGGGCUUGCUGGUACGAAGCACGCAGGACAUCGCGCUCACACCUUUAUCAUGAAGGAGUUCCCAAAUGAUCCGAUGGCACAGCUGCAACACGCCAGCUACCUGCUCCACCCCAAUAAUCCUCAGCUGGAUGACACGAGCAUGAAAAGGGUCAAUGUGCUCAUCCGUGUUGUCGAAUAUCAGCUCGAGAAAGGAACGACGCAGUGUGUUGUGGAUACGUUUGCUCCGGGUGACAUUCGAAAGCGCUUGGACCACUUGAAGAAGAAGCUUGAGAACUACGAGAAGCGGGUGCAGUCCCCCAUCAGCUCGCCCAUCUAUCGAGCAGAGCGAGAAGCAAAUGCGGCACUGUUCGAAGCAAACAUUGGCAAGGUUGCGACUGUCGUCGAACGGAUCCAGCAAGGUGGCCACAAGCUCAGUCCAUAUCUAAGGUUCUCGCGGGGAAUUGUCUUGAGGCAGAGGGCGCAUGAUGUUGUCGUGGGCGUAUCGGAGGACCUGUCAACGGUUCUCAAAGACCCGAGCAGCCCGUUGGCCGCGAGCUCGUCGAUGGAAGCCACCAAACUGUUGGAAAUGGCGUUGCAAGAGUUCGAAUUCCUCGAAAGGUUGGGUAGUCAAGGGGUUGCCGCGGAAGCCAACUCGUGGCAUCUUUUCCUGACUUCCGUCAGCCUUGGCCGAUCUGACAACCUUCGACUACUUGCAGAUCGAAGCAUGAAAGCACGGCUACAGAAGCGUCGCGAUGGCCUUGAUCUCAGCUGUCUGGACCGAGACGGGGUAUUCUAUGAGCCUCAUUUGAUGGGCGAGCACAUGUCUCUAGAGCUAUCCCGCGCCUUUCGAGCCAGAAGGAUUGAAAUCGUUCGCUCUGCAGUUGUGAAGAUGCAGUCCAGUGAAGGUCAUGAUCGGCAGCUGGGUAGUAUUUUGCGCUUCAUGAUAGCUUCUGCCUUGAAGGAAGGAGUCGAAGCUCGCAUUGCUUGUGAGAGUCUCGGCCGUGUCGCGGUCUCUCCCCCUUUGAAGAUGACGCUGGACCGUAUCAAAGAAACUGGAGUUGAAGAGAAGAUGCAGCGUUCCCAAUUCGCUUCAAUGCUCCUGGGAUAUGUUGAUGAAGUCCAAAGUUCCCGUCUUUGCUCGAGCCGCAUCUUGGGCAGACUCGUUCAUGAAGCUAUUUCCUGGGAUCCUGAGGUCGAGCUACCGGAACAUCUCCGUAAAGCAUACAAGAAGUUUGCCCCUCCAGUUCGCUGCUUUGAAUGUGGAGCUUCCAAACCACCAAAGAGCUGCCCAUGCAAAGCAGUUCACUUUUGCGACGAAGAGUGUCAGGCAAAAGGUUGGGAACGCCACAAACCUACCUGUGCGACUGUCACUCGUGCCAACAAGACGAUUGCUAAGGCCAAAGAGGGGCGUCGAAGCUGUGGCCACGGGGAAACGAAACCUCCGGCCGCCCGAAUCCAAGUGCCCCGUGUCAAAAAAUGGCAGUACAGCCACAAGGCGGAUGGUCUAUUACCGACCAUUCAAACACCAAAUUGA